GGCAUGGACGCAGCUAGAGUGAGAGAGAACUUUACCAUCCGAAAACUCUGCUAACGGCAUUUUAACUUGGCAAAAAAAAAAACCCAGGUGUAAUACAUAGGGAAAGUAUAUAUAAUUAUUCCAUUUCCAAUUAAGGUCAAAAGGCAUGAGAGGCAAAAAGAGAAGUGCUUGAAAAAGAGAGAAAGAGAGAGAGAGAGGUGCGGACACAGGCUUCUGUGCCGGAUAAGGACAGCUGGACUGACAAGAAUGGGGCAGACACAGGACAAGGACUCGGGGCGAGAUUUAAAGGAGGACGAGGGCAACGUCGGGGAUGAGAUGGAGCAGAAGCCCCAAGGAGGCGAGACGGCAGCAGCCGGCGCGAGCUGGGAUGAAGGGGAGCUCGGAGAUGUAAGUGUAGGCAGCCUGGCCGGAGACGGGAGAGGCGGAGCUCCUAGGAGAGACACCAGCCAAUGCCUGGGGUGGGACACGCAUGGUGCUACCCCCAAGGGUGGUAAAGCCACAGCAGACAGAGAGAACAGCCCAGACUCUGAAGCAGAACGUCACUCUGACAGUGAAGAACACUGGGAAGAUUUUAUCAAAGACGAUUUUGUUAUCCUGGGAGGGGGAGAGACUAAACCCCCACCCAACAUUAAGGGCAAGAAGCGAGGGAGCAGAGAGGAAGGAAUGAACUCUGAGAAUGCGGAGAAUGAAGGUGGCGGCUGGGUGACUGAUCCCGAAAUGGAGAAGGACCGAGACCCUUGGACGCUAGGAGAGGGUCCAGGCGGGGCUGCCUGCUCUGCUCUCUCUCCAGCAGGCCAUUCGUGGAGGGAGGAAAAUGCCCUUAACGGCGAUAAAGCUAGAGCCAAUCGAGGUAUACCGGUAUGUCCUUCCAAAGAUAACCCAGAGCCCAUGCAUCACCCACUAAGGCAAUCAAGAUCACAAGGUGGUGCCCAGGGAGGGGAGGAAGGCCACAUGGGGGACCAUAAACUUUGUGCUGAUAAAUAUCCUCCUUUGCCUGCAGAAAGCCAAGGGUCUGGAAUGACAGCUUGGUCAGAAGAAACAGAUAAACAAGCAGAGAACACCAAGUCAACACCAGACCACAUCAAAACAGAUACAUCUGAUCAUCAUUCCCCCAGGGUGGACCCUUAUAUACGGGGCGACUUCUUUGAGGAGCAACCUCCUCUUCAGAUGAAGCCAGCUCACGCAACCACAAAUCCCUCAGACCUUAAGGUCAGCCAUGAAAAAGAGAAGCACAUCUGUGACCAAAGGGAUGGAGAACAUAGUGAUAUUGCUGGUGUUUUACCCGUCAUCCCUGAUCCUAAGAUAGUUGAGAUAACAAAGACAUUUUACAUAUUUUCCCCUGAAGUCAAGCACAAGGACUGUCCAUCAAAGAGCAACAUCAAAGGUGCAACUCCGAAACUAGAACUUAGGGAAAGAGAUGUUGAUGAGCAAGGUGAGGAGAAGCUAACUGCAGCCAAAUGGUCAAUGAUGGAUGCAGAAAGAGCAAACCAGUCUGAAGAAACCAAUCUGUCACUGAGAGAAGAUAAUGGUGUGGACACCCUGAACUUAUCUUCUGCAGGUGGAUCAAACCACAAACUCGGUGCUUCAACAAAACAGAGAGGCAACAAAUCAGAGGAGACUGGGGAUUUACUGAUGGUGGACAAAAAGUGUCCGGCUGCUACCAGUGAUUUACAAGUCCGAGAGAAAGGAAAGCAAAGCAAGAAAAAAAACCCAAUGUCACUAGACACAAUAAAGUCAAGAGUUAAACAGGAAGGAACUUUGCUUGAAGAAAUUCCCAUUAAACACACUUCACUGGGAGGUAUCCCAGUUCCUUCAGACACCAAGAGGACCCCAGCUGUCCUCUUAGGUCCCAGUGUGCCAUUACAUGAUCACCCUCAUCUACAGAGAGUGGAGAUGGAGCACAGGGCUAGAUCCAGAGCUGCUGGUGAAAACGCAAAGGGCUCAAGUCAGCUUUCUCAGAACCGUGCCUCUCCAAACAGUGCCCUUCAAAAACGAGCAAUGUCAUCAACCUCUAAGCCCUGGCCGAUGCAGAAAGAAGAUGCACCAUCCCAGAUGACAUCAAAUGUCAAAAUCUGCAGGGAAGAAGAGAAACUGGAACAGUGUCAGCGAGGAGAAGAGAAAAUCGGGGAUGACGACACUGUCUCCAUCGCUCUUCAGCCACAAACUAACACUGAGGCUAAGAAGGGGACUGUAAGAUCACCAGAAGCAUGCAGCUUAGGCACUGCUGGCGGAUGUUCAGUUGUGGCCCUUGAUGAAUUACAAGCUACUAGGAAGCCUGCUGCUAUGACUGAGGAAAGGCCAGGAUCCAAAGGCAAACAGGGCCAGGCAAAACAUCUUCCUCAUAAGGACGUGCAGAAGGACCAUCAAACGAAAAUGACAAACAAAGCAGAGAGCACCAGGCUCAGCAGGACAGCACAGGGCAGCGAGGCGAAUGAGGCUGAGGUUCCAGGGAAAGCGUCAGCCCCCUCCGCAACAAAGUCACGGAAGCCGGCAUCAUUGGGUUCUCCAGCUUCUACAGCUGAGGAGUGUGAGGUUAAAAACGUGGCUCAAGGUUCCACGUGGCAAGAAGAACAUCAUCAUCUCAGUGAUCUGCUCCCUCCGCUCCCAGGGGUACCAAGUUUCCCAAAAGCUCGUGAACUGGAGGCUUUAGCGAAUACAGAUGACACCUAUGCAAAACGUCCUGCUGAGGAUGCUGAAGAAACAGAUGUUGCUUCAGCUGUACCAGGACUCAAAACAAUUACAGCUCCUUCAGCAACGGGGAUCAUGUCUGGGAACUUAAAGAAACAGCCCGAGGGAGGUGACACAGUGUCUGAAAUCCAUCUUGCUAGAAAAAAACGUUCUCCUACAGCAGUAACAGAACCCGCAACAUGCCAGCUUACUUCUCUGUCUGGCCUCGAAAAAGACUCAGCACUGAGAGGGGCAUUAUGUGGCGAUGAAAAGUCUGGUAUUCCUCUUGUCUCUCAACCACCAAAGAUGGAAACCGUCUCGCAAAUAGAACCAAAUCAAUCUUGUGUAGGCUCCUCCCACCUGCCAGAAAACAAGAUGGACUCACCUGUUGCUUCCCUUAAAGAGCUGGCAGAGCCAUGGUCUAAUGCCAAUGCAGUCGAGCCCAUGACUGCUGUUUUAGGAUGUGACCCAUGUUCCGACGAGGAGACAGCGAAUCGCAAAGAGACAGAAAGGGAAGAGGCGGAGCACACAUCAACACCAGUCGUAGAAGACGUAAGGGUCAGCCAAUCAAACGAGAGCGGUGCUAUGUUAAGUGCUAAUUCCAUGGCUUUAUCACUAUCCGCGACAGCAGCAUCCAGGCCUCUGUCAGCAGGUCCUCCAGCACCACAAAGUCAUGGGAACAAACGGAAAACUGCACAGGUGACGACGAGAAAAGAUCCCGCUUAUAACGCUGCUGUCGCCACCCCCCACAUCAAAGCUUUUCCUAGAGGGGAAUGAA